GGUGCACGGUGCAUUCGAAUGUAAACAUGGCCGCCGGUGUAUUGUGCAAGGAGUGCAAUCGCGAGAGAAAACACGGCCGAAUGUCGUCGCGAACGUAAUGAGAGCAAAGAAAUAUGCGCAGGAAGGACCCAGGCAGGUGUCUGGGUAAGCGAUGAACGUAUUUCGGGCCUUAAUUCCGUGUGCACUGCAGCGCAGUGGCGAAAGUGGAGCUGGUGCAGAAGCAGAGAACAGCAGCGGUGGUUGCUGGUUCACAGGAAGAGGACAGAGAGAUGAUUCGCGUAUGACACAGAGAAUGGGAGCAUCAGCCUCUUCGAGCCUUGCGCCUGUUGGAGGAGACUCAGUACAGGCGGCCAGGCUCUCAACCUCUGGUAAUCCUGAUCAGCUGAGCAUUAUUGUCAGCAGGGAUAGAAAGAAACGCGUGACGGGCUUCGCGACACUGCGCAAAAAGUUCAUACGAAGACGUCGUUCGUUAAAGUCGUGCGAUCACGGCCGAAUAAUUCGAGAAUUGGUGUCGACAUGGAGUCCGCUGGAAGCAGGUGCUCUACUCGAGGAGUACGAAGCACUGGCCGCGCUCAAGGACUUGCACGUACAAGCUGAACUGGCGCGACCACCCGCGGCGACCUUCAAACAGGAUCUGUCGGUACUUUAUGACUACAAGUAUUGCACGGACGUCGAUCUUGUCUAUAGGGGCGCCUGCUUCCCUGUGCACAGAGCUUUGCUGUCCGCUAGGUGUCCUUACUUUCGAGAUCUACUUGCUGGUUGUCCGGGUUACGGCGCUCGGAUAUGCCUAGAAUUACGCAACCACAAUAUCGAGGUACCGAUGUUCUCGGCGCUGCUGCGUUACCUCUAUACAGGAGACGUGUGUCCACACGACGACUCGCUGGACGCGAGUUUACUUCGCCGAUUGGGCGACGAGUUUGGCAAUCCAAAUCCGUUGGAGCACGAUUUGCGUUAUUUGCUCGAGACAGGCAACUACGCAGACGCUGCACUGGUAUUCACCUCGGAUAGCGACUACCAGAGACCCGACAGCGGUAGCUCGGAGUAUGGUUUCCGUCCAAAGCUCGAGUUGCCCUGCCACAAGGCUAUACUUUCGGCGCGUUCGCCCUUCUUUCGCAAUCUGAUUCAAAGGCGAACCCGAUCCGGCGAGGAUCACACCGAGCGAGCACUUCACAUACCUACGAGGAUCGUGUUGGACGAGUCCGUCAUACCCAAGAGAUACGCGCACGUGCUAUUGCACGCUGUCUACUUGGACACGGUGGAUCUAUCGCUCAUACUUCGGGGUGGUAGCUGUGGUAAUGGUGCUGGAAGUCUUGGCGAGGUUCAGGCGUUAACACACACUAGUCGGAUGCGACCUAGUCCGCUGGAGGAGGCCAUGGAGUUGUAUCAAAUAGGUCGAUUUCUCGAGUUAGAUAUACUCUCUCAAGGCUGUGAAGAUCUUAUUUUGGAAUGGCUUACUAUAGAUACUCUUCCGACUGUACUCAAAUGGGGCAGUCAGCCGCAUGGUUCGGCGUGGGUGCAUCGACAAGCGCUGCACUAUCUUCGCGAAGAAUUCCAACCGGUCAUUUCAUCACCGAUUCUUCACCAGUUGGAUCACACGCAUCUGUCUAAGGUGCUGCAGAGUCACUUCUUGCAAGCAAGCGAACUCGAGGUCUUGCAGGCUGUGCUCAAGUGGGGCGAGCAGGAACUUGUCAGACGAAUGGAAGAUCGCGAACCCAACUUACUCAGUCAUACGGUUCAUUCGGUCGCUAGGAAAGGCGUGAAAAAACGCGACCUCAGUGAUAUCGAGCUUCGAGAAAUACUCAGUGAAUUGCUGCCUUUAGUUAGGAUGGAUCACGUCUUGCCACCGAAUAAUGAAAUACUCGCUCAGGCUAUCAGAAGAGGGUUAGUAUCUACUCCUCCAAGUCAUAUGAUAGGGGACGAGAGAGAAAACCUGCGGAUUAAUGCUUGGAUAAGGGGAGGAAAGAAAAAUGGUCUCUUCGUACGGCCUCGUCUUUUUAUGCCAUAUUAUGAGGAAGUCAAGGCUUUAGUCGAAGAACAAAUGGUUCAAGAAGCAGAACUGGUAAGGUUACGAAGGGCGCGUUACAUUCCUGACAUACCCGACACAUUGUAUAUGGUCGAUGAGAAGCCGCGAGGCAUGGGUGCUGCCGGAGUCGAUAUUUUGGCAGCAGCUCUUCCAGUUCCAGAUUCUGCAACAAUGUCAGCCAUGUUGAAGCGCGAGCAAAAGCUACGACUAUCUCCAAGUUGUCAAAGAGCUAUAAGUUUACCGCUUUCAUCGCGUCACGAAAUCAACAGGCAAUUGCGGUUACGCGUUGUCAGGGAAUUUAAUUUACCCGAUGCAGUUGCUGAUUUUCUUGAAAAUGCAUCGUGCUACAGCCUUGGUGAAGCAGACGCAGGCUCAGUCUCGGCGGACGAGGAAUGUAGCGGUUCACCGUCAGGUUUGAUGGGUGGCGCACCGUCGGCAGUGGUGGUAGCAGCUGGUUGCGGUUACGGGCGUAACAUGACUUUCCCUCGACAUCAUUCGACCACUUACGGGCAUCAUCGUCACCACGAGCUACCGGCCAUCGUUACCGAGGGAGACAACUACAGACUGUCUGCCGAGCACUUGGAGAAUAAUUCGUGCAGCGAUGGCCAUCUUUCGGGUAUAAUGCCAGACGUGGCCAUGGCAACAGCGUCGUUUGGAGCCCUGCAGCUGGUUGAGCAGCAGGAAUUGGAAUUGGAUCUUGGCGACGGUGCGUCUCAUCUUUUGCAACAGCAGCAACAACAGCAGCAGCAACAGCAGCAGCAGCAACAGCAGCAGCAGCAGCAACAGCAACAGCAACAACAGCAGCAACAGCAACAACAGGCAUCGUCGCCGGGGCAUCGUGGUGUGUUGUCGCAUCAACGCCAAAGACAUUUUUCUGGCAUGCCGCCUGCGCCCUAUAUGUAUCAUCGCUCAGCUGGCGGUUUGCCCCGGUUCAUUUAAGAACAACAAGAAUGAUGAUGAUGACGAUCGAAAUAAGAAAAAAAACUUUUUCCGCGUAUAAUACGAAUUCUCGUGUAACUAAUGUAUAUAUACAUACUGCCUAUCGUUAUAAUUCGUCGUAUACAUAUAUUGCAGGGUGAUGAAGAGCGCGCGCAUCGCUGAACGCUAUGUUUGUACUUUUAAUUUCGUAUAGAUACCUAUAUUCAUGCCAAAGCUUUGAAAUCAUGACAUUUCUAUUCUUUUUUCGUCUAGUUUUAACACGCGAUAGCUGUGUUUUUUUUAUACUCUUCUGGCGUUUACAAAAUACAAAGCGUACUAUUUAAGCUUUUAUGAUCCUCAGAUUUUUUGUUUUACGUAAGCUGUAGAUUAAUCUUUUUUGGCUUUGAGAAAUUAUUAUUAUCAUUCAACAGUAGGGAUCAUAGUAGACAAUACUGUUGAAAUUAACAAAUUUGCAAAAAAACCGAAAAAAAAUUACAAAAGUGCAAAAUGGUGUUCGGCCCUGUUGAAUAUAUUUUUGCCGUGUCCAACGCGCGCCAUUUGUGUUCAUAUGCGCGUGCAUGUAAUAUAUCGAUUUUAAGUAUGCAUGUGGGUAUGUAUGAGUGCAUUUAUCGAUACAACGAUAAUCGUAUAAAUAUAGAUAAUUGAACAUUUUUCUUCUUUGCCGAAUACGCUAUUGGUUAUAACCCAGUGGUCUUUCCGAGUUACAUGGUAACGUUAACUCAUUCAUUUUAUCAAGAAAAAACCAAUCGUUAAGUUUUUUCGAAUUUUUUUACUCAUAGAGUACAUCAACUUUAUGGCUAAUUCUUAUGCGAAUGAGUUUUUGUUUAAAAUUUUGGCUUAAGAGUUUAUUUAAUGUUUUGUUUAUAAUGGGUUUGUUUACUUUUGUUACAUAACGAACUCCAUCAAAGUUGCUUAAUCUCUAAAAAAUCUUCCAUAAAUCUAAAGGAUAAAUAUCUAAACAAGUUUGAAUCAAUAUUUGACAUCUCGCUUAUCCUUGUUUCGUUUUUUUGAAUUUCCUUUUUACUCGAUUUUAUUUGCAAUGAUAUUAUAUAACGUGCAAACAUACCUGCCUAUUUACAAAUAAGCACAGCGAGUGGUACAAUAUUGUUAGAACAGUUAUUGAUUGUCACUAUAAAAUUCGCUCAGUUCAGCUAAGUUACGUAUCCUUUUCUUUUUUUUUUCGAAAAGUACAGAUUAUUGGACUUAAGCGCAACUUAAAUUUUUAGUUUAUUGAUGCGAGGAAUUUCGCUUUUGAUGUGAAUCAUCUCAAAAAUUAAUCUUUUAUUCCAUUGAGUUUCAAAGUCAAGGAUCUGUGCUUUGUCUGAGUCGAAUUGGUGCGAGUGAUUAUACAUAUGUAAAUUAGUUAUAGCUUAGUUUUACUGAUAUAUUGCACACAACACUUUUUAUAGGUUGUUUUAUAAAUUAGGUUUGUUCAGUCCAUUUUUGCCGUUCUAUCUUUAUACAACUUCAUAAUUGAAGAUAGUUAUUGAUCUAUUGUCAAUGUAAUACAAUUUUCUCACAUAUUUAUUGAUAUAUAAUUCAAUAAACUCUAUUGGAUGUUGAUUGUUGUGCAAUAUCUUAACAAUAUAUCUUCUAUUAUUUCGAUGAAAACAGUUUAAAUAAGGUUUUAAAGAAAUUGACAAAUUCGCCAACUAAAAGCCAACUGAUAACUAAUUGAUCUCAAUUAUUGCCUCCAAAAUCGAGUAAAGAGAAAAAUCCAAAAACUCUAAACAAGUUUAUCUGCAAUUGUAAUUGUGGAUGUUUCGUGCGAACUACUUCGAAUUCCUAUUUAAUGAGUUAACGAGUUUUCGAAGCAUUUGAAGGAAAAAAUAGUUUAGUGCUGCCAAAUAAUGCAGUCCAGUGUACAAUAAUAUUAAAUCAAUAGCUGUGUGAAAAUGUAAGCGUUUAACAAAACUGAAAAUGUAACGUACAGACACCAUCGUUUAUAUUUGUAUAAUAAUGAAUAUAUACAUAUGUAUACAUAUGUUAUUUUCAUAGUUAUAGGCUUAAAGGGUGUUAGUGAUAUGAAUGGUAUGCUCUCAAAUCUGCCUUGUCAAUUUUUGUUUGAUAUCUUAAUCACGGGACUGCCAAUUUACAUUACUGACUUGUUGCAUUUUUUUAUUAUGUUUUAAACAUGUUGUGGUACAGUGUUAUAGAAUGGAUAGAUUGGCCUAUGAAAAUGAAUUUAUUACAGUAUAUAUGUUUAAUCGAUCAGCUGUUUAAUUAUGCUAAAAAACAUCUUAUUUCUGAGCUGAUUUAUUUAAAAAAUAUUCGAUUUCCUUCUUUAUUGGUUUAAAAAUUAAAGUUUAAACUGGUCGCACUGAUUAUAUUCUUAUGAAGUUUUGUUUACUACACCCUGUAAGCUUGUGACUAGCAAUGUAUAGAACGCACUUUGAAUAAGAUAAGAUGAAACAAUCUAAAAGUGGGCCGUUUCCUUAUGUCAGUUAAAUUGUCAUAAGUUUUUUUGUUAGAUCCUUGAAUUAAAGGCUGAUCUCAUGCUUAUCUUUGAUAUAUCGAGAUGCAUGCACAUGUUGAAUCUAAAUUAACACAGAUAACAUUAUUAAUAGCCUUAUAGCGUUAGGUAUAAAUAUUGCAGUAAUUUGGUGAAAAGACAAAAUGUUAUUUAUGAUCUUAUUAAUAUAAUAUCGUAUAAAGCACUAAAUUAUAGGCUAGUUUUAAAGACGACUACUUUAGUAGAAGUAAUGAAAUAACUGACCCGAAAAUAAUCGAUUGGAAAUUUAGUAAUUCACGAAUAGAUAAUUAGAUUUUUAACGACCACAGAAAAAGAAGUAAUUAUUAGCAUUUGUUGGUGUUUUUUUUAAUUUUGCCGAUCUAAUGAAGCAAAAGCUUUGCUACGUCAUCUAAUUUUUGCUACUUGGAGGCUGGUUUAAUGGUUUUUAUAAGUAAAAAAAAAACUUUUGAAAGACUUUUUAAAAGACUGGAAAUAAUUUAAAAGUUAUAAUUAAUUGAUUUUAUUUGAAAAUUAGGAGAUCGUAUGUUCUUUCAAAUUUUAAUGAAAUAGACAGCAGUUGUAUAGCAGACUCAUUUUAAAUAGAGGUACUGUGGGUCAUUCGGUUUCUCGCAUCGCUGUUCUGCUUCAAUCACUAGCAUACACCUGACUUCCGUAGAGAUAAAACUGAAAGAAAAGAAUUGCAUUGGAAUUCAAACAAUGGUAAACAUGAAGUAUCCAUUCUGAAUUAUGUUGUGAGUUAUAGUGAUAUAAUGUCAUGAGAGCUUUCUCUGCGAAAUAUCAAACCAUUUCAAAGUUCAGAAUAAAUACUUGAUGUUUUAUUUAUAUAGAUAACAGGAAAACAAUACGUACCUUUGUCGUUCGUGACUAUGUACAGAUUAGCGAUCGUAGCGUGAUAUAUAAUGUAAUUGAAAUUUAUUUCUUGGAGACAAAAAUAAGAAAAAACAAUAAAUAACGAUAUUCAUGAAACGUAGUGCUUUGAAAAAAAAAUAAAAGUUAGGAAGUUGCGAGCGAAAGACAUUUUUGGUGGCCAAGCAAACGGCUCAUCAUCCUUAAAGGACCAAUGUAACUAGUAACCGAUUAAUUAUAGAGAAAAAGAAAAAACAUAAAGAAAAAUCUAGUUUAUACAGUAUGUACGCCCGCACAAGACAAUUUAUUUUUAAUCGUCGUCGAAUGUAUGAGAUCCCGACCAAACAUAUUUCAAUGAAGUAAAAUUUCGCAGGCAAUUGAUUUUUAAUAAUUAAGAUUUAUUGUUAAAUUAUUUAUAAAAUUUUGAAAUUGUUCUGUUGAUUUUCAUUUAAAUUAAAUUAUAAAUUGUUAUUUACUGUAUCAGACAACAAAGAUAUGCUUCUAUCAGCGUUUGAAUUUUUUUUCAAUGUCUUGGAAAUAAUGUGUAUAUUAUAUGAUAAUUGCUAUAAGAAUAAGUAAAUACACCAGACAAACAAUCAAAACAUUACUCAAAGUAAUGGGUAUUAUAUCAUAUUUAUUAUGUGCGGAUACAAGUUGCAUACUAUCGUGAAACUUAAUUGUUUUCCUGUGGAUUCUGUAUCACGCGGAAAUAUACUGUAUAAAUGUUCAAAAGUUAAUCUAUCAUCAUAUACCUUUCGCUGAUUAAUCUUCAAUCGCUAUUUAGUACUUCGAAUUAUCUUUUCCUGUGUGUAAACGGCGAUAGUAUUCUCGUCAAAUAGAAACAUUUUUAUUUGUUAAUUUAAGAUAUCGAUUGAAAAGUGCAAUCUGAAAGUAAAUUGUAAAAAAAACGUUUGUUCUGAAGAAGGAAAAAGGGAGAAAAAAGAAAUCAUCACGCUAUUACGUGAGUAAAUGUUUAUGGGUCGUAUGCUUCAUGCUUUCGACACCUGAUGUCUGUAUAAAAGAAUCUUGACAAAAUAUAUUAAAGCACAACAUU